AUGUCAGUCCUCGAACCAGCUACCGCCAGAACUGUUCGGACUCGCAUCCAAUGGCAUCUCACGGGUUCUGUGCGUCGAGCAACCCCUCGCGGCGUUCACAACCUGACUGCCCGCGGUGCCAAACCUCUGACGACAAGGCCGCUAUUCCGGUAUGCUUGCGACGUCGAUGCUGAGCCGCUGCACCGCUACACAAAAGGUGGUUAUCAUCCUACGCACCUCGGAGACCAGUUGAAGCAUGGGCGGUAUCGCGUCCUGCACAAGCUGGGCUGGGGCGGCCACUCGACCGUCUGGGCUGCCAGAGACGAAGAGAAGGGACGUUACGUCGCAGUCAAGAUAUCCGUCUCAGAAUGGCAGUCUGAACAAGCGAAUCGACAACUCCAGGUCAUGCGCACGAUUGCAACGUCGUCUCUGCAGAACGCGGGUGCUGCAUCCGUGAUGAAAGUACUGGACCACUUUGAGCUUGACGGUCCCAACGGCACCCAUGAGUGCUUGGUGCUGGAACUCCUUGGUCCAAGCGUGUCUGAUAUUGUCGAUGUCCGAUUUGUUGGCGACAGACUUCCCGCUGCGCUUGCGAAAAAGGUUGCGCGUCAGACUCUCCUUGGCCUUGACUAUUUGCACCAACACGGAAUUGGACAUGGAGUCUUCACCCUCUCCCUGUCGGACUCGAGUGGCGAGGACGAGCUGUCGAGGAUAUUGGGGCGACCCGAACUUGGACCAGUUCGACGAGUAAAUGGUGAACCAACUGAGCCGGGGUCAAUCAAAAUCGUGGACUAUGGAGAAUCAUUCUUUGAUACGGAACCCCCGGUGACUCUCCACACACCACUUGCUGUACGCGCGCCAGAGGUCGUAUUUGAAGACAAUUUUGAUCAUCGCGUGGAUCUAUGGAGUAUGGGUUGUCUGCUAUUCGAGCUCUUUGCUGGGCAAACCCCGUUCGACGUCUUAAUGUUGACUCCUGGUAUACUCACUGGCCAAAUGGAGGAUUUUGCUACCGACAAGCUCCCGAAGCGCUGGGUAGAGCGGGCCAACCGCCUCAAGGAGGAAUCGAUAGACUUUGUCCAGGCGGGACGCGAGGAAGAGGGAGCCGUGAGCACCCACACGCUGCAACAGUGGCUGGAAGAAAUCUACUUUGAUCAAGGCAAGAGUGCAGAACUGAGCCUCGAGGACGUCCGUAAACUGGCAGAGCUCGUGAGUAAGAUGCUCUACUUUGAGCCUUCCUCGAGAGCGACUGCCUCAGCUUUGCUCAAGGACACCUGGUUGAGCUGA